AUGAUUGAUCAGUCUAAUCGAGCAGGCCCUCCGGGUAUGUACAACCCUGACUUGACGGGGAUGUACCUAGAUGGUCAGCAUAUGAUGAGAGGGGGUCUGUCAGAUCUCCCACCGAUGGGCCCACCGCCACCAGAAAUGUACGCUCUCUCCCCGCGUACCGGCAGUCCCUCUUCGACCAUGUCCCCCUACCCAACAAGUCACCAUCCACACCACGCCCUCAGAUCCAUCUACAACCCCCAUCAUCAUCAAUACCACCAGGGCCCCAUGUUGCACCCGAUGCUUCUGAACAACGGUCACGUUAUGUCACCACAUCUGGGUCACCACCACGGUUACGCCACACCCCUAUCACCGUACCCUAACACAAUGGGAGCGUUUUAUGGCUCGCCCUAUCCUUACCCCCCUCAAACGCCACCAAGUUUUGGUAUAGAAGAGCCGUCACCACAUAUUGGUAGUAAUAAUACUAAUAUUAAUAAUAGUAGUAGCAGUAGUGGUAGUGCUAGUACUACUGGUUUGUCGUUCAGAUCGGUUCAUAAUAUUCCUCAAGAUGUUCACGCCAGAUAG